CAUCCUCUCCAGCAGGUGUCGCUUUCCCCUCCUUGCACAGCUGAUCAUUUUCCGUGCAGAGAGAAAGAGGCAACGUGACAGAUUUCUGCCUGUGGAUGCUGGUACCUGAUGCAAGUUGUGGAGGAGAAAACUACUCUGAAUGAGAUCAAAAAGGCUUCAACCACAGCUAGACUUUAAAUCAUUCCAACAGGCGAUUCAAAGACGAGAUCUUAUUUUACACCACAAACUACAGAUGACAGAAACUCGCUUUGUUCUGCAACAUAAACCUCCUUCUUUCUUUCUUGUAUAACUAUGCGUAGUGUUCGGUUCUUUGGAGAGUCCGUGCGUAAAAGUGCGCGCGUCUCCCUGGCGCACCACACUCGCUUUCCGUACCAUCCUCAUCUUCAUCUUCAUCGGAUCUAGCCUCUGAGCCGCAGCAGUUCAUCCGUCAAACCGCCUCAAAACAUGGCUGUACCGCCCCGGCUCGGCCAGAGGAGCCCUGGUCCGCUCUUCACUGUGUUACUCUGCGUUUUGUUUCUCGUCUUCGUUUCUGUGUCCUCAGCGAGUCGUGAUGUUGUGUCUGGAAACAACGAGACUAGGAAAAAUCCAGCAACAGUGGAGGACUCCCAUCACCAUCACCAAAGUAACUCCACGCCUCACAAAAAGGCUUUCCCUGUUCUCGACUUCAAAUACGAGCACGUCAGGAAACCCUUCGAGAUCUCUCUGUGGAUCCUCUUGGCCCUGCUCAUGAAACUCGGUUUCCACAUUAUUCCCAGAGUGUCGAACGUCGUCCCAGAGAGCUGUCUGCUGAUCUUCGUCGGCUUGCUUGUCGGCGGCAUCAUCAAAGCCAUAGGAGAGGAAGCUCCCAUCCUCAGCACUGAGCUCUUCUUCUUCUACCUGCUGCCUCCCAUCAUCCUCGAUGCCGGCUACUUUCUGCCUAUCCGGGCCUUCUUGGAGAACUUGGGCACCAUUCUGGUCUUCGCGGUGGUGGGAACUCUGUGGAACGCCUUCUUCAUCGGUGGGAUGAUGUACGCCGUGUGUCAGAUUGAAGGCACAGGGCUGGGCAACGUGGACCUGCUGUCCUGUCUGCUGUUCGGCUCCAUCAUCUCGGCCGUGGACCCUGUGGCCGUGCUGGCUGUGUUUGAGGAAAUCCAUAUCAACGAGCUGCUGUACAUCCUCGUGUUUGGGGAGUCGCUACUCAAUGAUGCCGUCACUGUGGUCCUGUAUCACCUGUUUGAGGAGUUCUCGCAUGCGGGGACGGUGACCGUGGUUGACGCCGUCCUCGGCGUGGUCUGUUUCCUCGUGGUGUCACUCGGGGGAAUCCUGGUGGGAGUGAUCUACGGCUUCCUAGGUGCCUUCACGUCCCGCUUCACCUCUCACACCCGAGUCAUCGAGCCGCUGUUCGUCUUCCUCUACAGCUACAUGGCUUACCUCUCCGCUGAGGUCUUCCACCUGUCGGGGAUCAUGUCGUUGAUUGCGUGUGGCGUGGUGAUGCGGCCAUAUGUGGAGGCCAACAUCUCCCACAAGUCGUACACCACCAUCAAAUAUUUCCUGAAGAUGUGGAGCAGCGUGAGCGAGACGCUCAUCUUCAUCUUCCUUGGUGUUUCCACGGUGGCUGGCCCUCAUGCCUGGAACUGGACCUUCGUCAUUUUCACCGUCAUCCUCUGUCUGGUGUCCAGAGUGCUCGGGGUCAUCGGCCUCACGUACAUCAUAAAUAAGUUCCGUAUCGUAAAGCUGACCAAAAAGGAUCAGUUCAUCGUGGCCUACGGUGGCCUGCGAGGAGCCAUAGCCUUCUCACUCGGGUUCCUGCUCACCAACAGCAAUAUGAAGAACAUGUUCCUCACCGCCAUCAUCACCGUCAUCUUCUUCACUGUCUUUGUGCAGGGAAUGACCAUCAGACCUCUCGUUGAGCUUCUGGCUGUGAAGAAGAAAAAGGAGAGCAAGGGAUCAAUAAAUGAAGAGAUACACACACAGUUCCUGGAUCAUCUGCUCACAGGGAUUGAAGACAUCUGUGGACAUUAUGGACAUCACCACUGGAAAGACAAGCUGAACCGCUUCAACAAAGCCUAUGUGAAGAAGUGGCUGAUCGCCGGCGAGCGCUCCACUGAGCCGCAGCUCAUCUCCUUCUACAACAAGAUGGAGAUGAAACAGGCCAUGAUGAUGGUGGAGAGCGGCAGCACCGCCAAGCUUCCUAACGCCGUGUCGCCUGUCUCCAUGCAAAACAUUCAACCAAGAGGGCCAGGAAGAGGAAGAGCGAUCCCGAGCAUCUCAAAGAGCCGUGAGCAAGAGAUCAGAAAGAUCCUGCGAGGCAACCUGCAGAACACCAGACAGAGGCUCCGUUCGUACAGCCGCCAUGACCUGUUCAUGGACCCGUUUGAGGACAACGUGAGUGAAAUCCGCUUCAGGAAGCAGAGGGUGGAGAUGGAGAGGAGGAUGAGUCACUACCUCACCGUCCCUGCAAACCGUCAGGAAACACCGCCUGUGAGAAAAGUCUGCUUUGAAUCAGAAAACCAGGUAUUUACUUAUGAUGACAGCGAGAGCCCGAGAGGCCUCACAGCUCAGCCUCAUCACAGCUCUCCUGAUACUGUCAACCUGUUGAACGAAUCACCCCAGAGAGCCAAUCAGAGCGAGGCACAGAGUGCAACCGGGGACAACGAGAGGAGGGAGAAGGUUUCAGAUGAGCAGGAGGAGCAACAGAAGCUAUCACGAUGUCUGAGUGACCCCGGUCCAAACCAGGACCAGGAGGAGGACAGAUCCAGACAGUCUUGAUAAGAAAACAUGUUUACAAAUUCAUGAUGAGCUCAUGUAAUCUGUUGUUUUUUUCUGAAAGUGUACAGUCAUGGGAGUUGUAACAAAGCUUAGUAUUUAUGAAUCUACAUCGCCAAAAGUGUGAUUUUUCAGUGUUUUGUUCUGUGAUAUGAGCACAUGCACAGGUUUUCCAGGAGUUUGGGAUCUUUGUCAGUCAAUUCAUGAGGACUUUUUACAUGCAACACAUUACCAAAGCAUGCAGCACUGAGCUGAUUUCAGAGUUUAUUACAGCCUGAAGUGAGAUAAGUGUAUGCAUUUUGUGUCUUAUAAGCAGACGUAGCUGUAAAGAAAGAGCGCCUGUUUUAACAAACUUAAGGCACCAGGUGGGUGGAGUUUACCACUUCAAAGCACAGUAUGAGGAAAGAGGCUAAAAUUAUCCACACGCAGUUGGUGAAAAGAAAUACCCAAGAUCUAUGAGGAAAUUUGAAAACAUUGAAAUUAGGUACAUUUAAAAAAAUAUGAUUUUGAAAAAGAAAAUGGGAUAAGUAUUAUACAUUUGUAUCUAUUUUCAUGUGUGUUAAGGUGAAGAUACUGUUUACAGCUGGUGCCUUUGUUUUUGUUUUUUGGGAACUAAAAUCCAAAUCUGCACAUAUCUUGAAAAAAAUGAAAUGAAUGAGAAAUGUAUGUUUCUAAAGUGUUAUCUACAUGUUCUAAACUCUCAUAUGUUUUGGUAUCAGCCCAUAAAUACAGUCAUUUAUCAGGUUGUACCUAUAUGUAUUUAAAAAAACAUGAUGCGCUCUGUGGAAAAUGUCGUUGAGAAACAAAAAGCACUAAUCUUGUGAUCCAAGAAUUUUGAAAUCAUCUUAAAUAUAAGAAAAAAAUGGAAGUAUUAUUUUGUAGAGGUCUGCAAACAAGCUUUAGCUCUGUGUUUAACAUCGCUGCAUGACUGAUCAGUGUUUUCUCAGGGACUGGAACACGUCUUAGUAUUAACAAACGCCCUCUGCAGAACAGAAGUGUUUCUGUCUACGUGUUCUUCGACAUUUGUCUGUUUUAAUGUAACUGUUUUGUACUCAUCCGACUUCUCAGAGCUUCAAAAACAUUCCGGUCAAAGCUCAACAUAUCUGUGUUUCCACUUGAGAGGUUAAAAGAGGGAGAUCACCUUUUCAUAUCUGCUCUGAACUGCCUGAGCUUCUGCUGCCUGAAUGUUUGCCUUAAAAUGUGUUUGCUUUCUGUAUGUUUGCCAGUUGAAGUAUUUUUAUAUUUUAAGAGGAGAAAAAGUGUUCAAGUUAUAAAUCUUGCAAAUGGAGAAAAGCUUUAACAUCUGCCUGAAAUAAAAGGUAUGUUAUUACCUAAGAACACAA